GCCAAGUGUCAUCCGUGCUGCUACGGAAGUAGAGUGGAGACGGAGAAACUAGUUGCCAACCUCGCACGCUGAAACUUGGAGCUGUCAAACCUUAACUUCCGAACAUGGCUGUGGUCAACACAUCCUCUGCAAGACCUUAUCACAUCAUCAUAUUUGGGGCCUCGGGAUUUACGGGGCAGUUUGUCAUUGAAGAAGUUGCACGGACAUCUUCGGAGGGUCCUAAAGGAACCUUGAAAUGGGCUAUCGCGGGGAGGAGUAGGCAAAAGCUGGAAAAAGUUCUAGAACAGGCCGCUGACGUGCUCGGUAAACCGGAGCUGAAGUCGGAGGUUGACAUUAUCGUGGCUGAUGUUGGGGAACCGGACUCUUUGGCAGCCAUGUGCAAACAGGGGGUCAUUGUUCUCAACUGUGUGGGCCCUUACAGGUUUUGGGGUGAGCCUGUGGUGAAGGCCUGUGUGGAGAAUGGAGCCCACCAUAUCGACAUCUGUGGGGAGCCUCAGUUCCUUGAAGGGAUGCAGCUGAAUUACGACAAACAGGCUUCAGAAAAGGGAGUCUACAUUGUCGGGAGCUGUGGAUUCGACUCCAUUCCUGCUGACAUGGGUGUGCUCUACACCCGGGACCAGUUUAAAGGUACUCUCACAGCGGUGGAGAGCUUCCUGACUGUAGGAAUAGGACCAGAGGGGGGUUGCGUUCACGACGGCACCUGGCAGUCGGCCAUCUACGGCUUCGCUGAUGGUCCAAAGCUCCGCAGCCUGAGGAGGAAGUUUGGAUACCAGCCCCUGCCCGUCGUGGGGUCAAAAAUCAAGAGGAGGAGUGCACUGUUCUUCAGUAACGAGGUGCAGCAGUACGCGGUGCCCUUCAUGGGGGCCGACGUGUCCGUGGUGAAGAGGUCCCAGCGCUUCUUGACGGAAGAGCUGAAGGAAAGCCCAGUACAGUAUGGAGCAUAUGCAGGCAUCGGGGGGAUCUCCUCCAUAGUCAAGCUUAUGUUUGCUGGCAUGAUGUUCUGGUUCCUGGUGAAGUUCAGUUUUGGAAAGAACCUUCUCAUUAAGUAUCCAGAGUUCUUCAGUUUUGGUGUCUUCUCCAAGGCUGGUCCAACCAGAAAGCAGAUGGAGGGUUCUUCGUUCCGCUUCGCAUUCUACGGCGAGGGCUACACUGAGGGACAGGACCCCAGCCAGGGAAAACCCGAUGGCAAGAUACGCACAGUCGUGCAGGGACCAGAGGCUGGUUAUGUGGCCACCCCGAUAGCCAUGGUUCAGGCCGCCAUCACUAUCCUGAAUGAGCCGGAAUCCCUCCCCAAGAAGGGAGGAGUUUAUUCUCCUGGAGCGGCCUUCGCCAAGACCACCCUGAUCAAUCGCCUGGACGAGCAUGGCAUCAAGUUCUCCGUCAUCUGAGAGUCUUGCACGGUUCCCAUCCCCAGAGUUCAACCUCUCACCUGAGGAUUGCCCCCCCCCCCAACCCCCCCAGAAGCAAGAGCACCCCGCCAACACCCCUCUGCCUGGUCUCAAACGGAGAAACUCUUCAAGGCACUUUGGCUUUGUCUCAUCAAUGUUUAUCAGUGUUUGUUUUGGGUUGGUUGGUUGGUUGGUUGUUUAUUUGCAGUCUUCCGGGCUCUGUAGCUCAGUGGGUGUCUUUGCCUUUGUGUGUGUGAGUGUGUGCGUGUGUGUGUGUGUGUGGGGAGGGCUGGGGGCGGUUUGAUUAGGUCAACUAUGCUGCUGCUGUAGCAUCUUCAGUGCAGCUUGUUGCCCCUGGGUCUCUCUCUCGCUCUCUCUCUCUUUCUCUCUUGCUCUCCUUUUCUCACUCUCUGCUGCAUAUCCAGGACUUUUCCAUUUAAUGUUUGAAUCUGAACCAUAUUUAUGUUAAAAUGACAAGUCAAAAUGUAACUUAUUUUGCUACACUAAUUAAAAGAUAAAAGGAGAUUAACGAAUGUUUAAGCACACCUUCCUCAACUAAGGUUUAAAAGACAAAAAAAGGAACACAUAAAAGUUUUUGAAAAAACUUUUAACUUUUAUUUACUGUGUAUCAGUGACCAAAAUGGCCAUUUUUUUGUUGUUGUUGUUGUUGGGACCUAGCUGAAUGAAAAAAGAUGUAAACUUCAGAUGAGCUAAAAAAAAAAACGUGAUUGAGCACAUAGUACAGAGUAGAUUUCUAGAAUAUAUUUUUGGGGGACUAGUUAGCUGUAACUGGGAAAACGGUUUACUAAUGUGUUUCAUUUCCUGUUUGCCUGCUGUUGCCGUGGCUUUGGAAUUCCUCAUAAAAAAUAAAAGAAUGGAAACUGCACUAUAGCACCUGUU